UUACCGCCGUGGCGAAACUCGAUAACGCAUGAUGUUCCUAGUAGGAGUCAUACACAGGAUUGGAUAUUGUGGGAGAUUGAGGUUUUAGAGGUUUAUGAUGUUGUGCAAGAAGUGGUGAAAGAAGUUGAGGAUGUUGAUAGUAAGUUGGAGAGGUGUGAGUCUCAGUUUGAUGCUUCUACUUUUGUCACUUCUUAUUCUGGGCCUGGUGAAUUUAGUACUUCCGGUGUGAUAAAUGAAGGCCGUGUUAUACAUUAUAAUGUUGUGGAUGAUGAUGGAAACAUUGUUGAUGAAGUGGAGGGAGAACGUUCAGUAGAAUUUAAAGGGAACGGAGUUCAGGAGCUCACUCAGAUGUUAGAGGAAGAGACAGGGUUAACAGAGGUUACAUUAUGCUCGCGUAGUCCUUUGAAUGGAAAGCUCUAUCCAAUGCGGCUGGCUCUUCCUCCUAAUCAUGUGAAAUUGCACGUUUUUGUUGUACCAUCAUCUUCCAAAGCUUCAGCAGAUUUCGACUUGAGUUGAGUGGCCUGGCAAUUCAGUAAUCAACUUUACCCUGUCAAUAUGUGU